GAAUGUCUCGUUUCUCUCCCAAGGACAGGAGAAUCCCCCCAAUCUCCUCAGUCCUAUUCCAUCACAAACAAAAUGUCUCGGUCCCUUCUUUUCUUCUUCACUCUCCUCUUCAUCUUUCUCCUAUCGGUCUCCGCUCAUAGCGGCCACGACGAUGGCGACGGUGACGGCGACGACGACUCUUCAUCAAAACCCAAUCUCAGAUCGAAGAAGUUAAUCCUGGUGAAGAUCUGGUGUUUGAUUCUGAUUUUCAUCGGCACCUUUGUAGGGGGUAUUUCACCUUACUUCUUAAAAUGGAACGAGGGUUUUCUAGUUUUGGGGACCCAGUUCGCUGGAGGAGUGUUUCUUGGGACGGCGUUGAUGCACUUCUUGAGCGAUUCGAAUGAGACGUUUGAGGAUUUGACAACCGUAGAGUAUCCGUUUGCUUUCAUGCUGGCGACUGCUGGAUAUUUACUUACGAUGGCCGCCGAUUGUGCGAUUUAUUAUGUCUAUGGAAAGAAGAGGAAUGGUGGGUCUUGUUCAAUAUCCGAUGUCGAGCUUCAAGGACGCAACGGAAAAGGAGACUCCAGUAGUGGAGCGACUUCUCACACUCAAAUUCAGGGUAGUCAAGAUAUAAGACAUACCACUCAUUUUGUUGAAGAUACAACAAUCGCAGCCUCCUCUCUGGGUGACAACAUCCUUCUGAUAGCCGCCCUCUGCUUCCACUCUGUAUUCGAGGGAAUCGCCAUUGGAGUUGCGGACAAUGGAGCCGAUGCCUGGAAAGCCCUUUGGACCAUCAGCCUCCACAAGAUAUUCGCAGCCAUUGCAAUGGGAAUUGCCCUUCUCAGGAUGAUACCUGACAGACCGCUCCUCUCCUGCGUGGCCUACGCCUUCGCCUUUGCGAUAUCGAGUCCAAUUGGGGUCGCGAUUGGAAUUAUCAUAGACGCCACCACGCAGGGAGUGGCCGCAGACUGGAUUUUCGCAAUCUCCAUGGGGGUGGCCUGCGGGGUAUUUGUGUAUGUGUCUGUAAACCACUUGCUGGCCAAGGGCUAUGUAGCUAAGGAGAAGUGUUCUUUAGACACUCCCCUUUACAAGUUCUUGGCUGUAUUGAUGGGUGUUGGUGUGAUUGCUAUUGUCAUGAUUUGGGAUACCUGAAAGAGGAUUAGAGGGAUAGUUGUUCCUUCUACUUCACUACUUAUACUAUGUAGGGAGAAGAAACAAUUUGGAUGUGACAAUUUAUUACUAUACAUUAGUAUCAUACAUCAUCAUUAUCACUUGUUUGAUCUUGGGUUUAUUUUAGACAAAUGGAUUAUCAAAUGAAAAUCUAAUUUUGAUUGAUUCUA